AUGGAUGGGAUAUUUGACCGCCCAAAUUUCAAGGAGAAAUGGUUUCCUUUCUUGAAAGAAGAAGAAACGCAAAUUUUCUCGCCUCGAGUUGAGGCCAUACUUCAGAAGAUCACAACUAUUCGUGAGCUUUGGCCUGGAGAGAAAAUUGUUGUAGUUUCCCAGUUUGUUCUUUUCCUCGACAUCAUUAAGGAAGGAAUUGAGCGGCUCAGCAAGACGGAUCCCAGAUUCAAGAUCCAUCUUGCUGAGUACAACGGCGCGAUCAAUCUGGAAGAACGUUCUCGGACUCAGUACGCUUUUAACCUACCAACUGGUGGGCCAGAAGUUCUUCUACUCAGUGCAGGAGCUGGCGGGGUGGGCCUCAACCUUGCGAGGGGUUCACACAUGGUUAUCGCAGAGCCACCUUGGGAACCUGGUAAAAUGGACCAGGUCAUCGGGCGGACCUAUCGGCUCCCCCAAGAAAAAGAAGUCCAUGUAUGGCACAUGAUCGCCCACCCGUCGGAGAUCGACCAAUUCGUCCUGGAUAGACAGGCACGAAAGACCCAUUUUGUAAGACACCUUCUCGCUGCCGUUACAGGAGAAGCAGAUACAAAGGCAAUAGAUAUCAAUGAGAAGGCAUUGCCUACUCACACCGUCUAUGAGUGGGCGAAGGGGAGGGCCAAAGAUAUAGCUGAGAAUGAGUGUAUCAACGAGGCGUUAGAGGAGUGGACUUCUACUCUGUAG